UGAGGCAUAGCUUCAGCUAUAGCUUUUCAUAGUUUCUAUACAAGGCUCCGCUAAAUGGUAUAGCCCGCCAUUUAAAACAACGUAACUGCAGAAAUACACCAGCAGGCAUGUGAGAUCAGCAGCGUACGCAUCGCCAUUGCCUUUAUUUCGGCCGGAGUGGAUCCCCACGGUCACUCACUGACCAAAUACAAAUAAGAAGCAUCUCUCCACCAACAGGCCAUCAAAUCAUCAAAUCAGCAAAUAAACAAGGAUUUCAACAGUGCUAAGUUAUAGCCAUGGCUUUGGCAAUAUUCAAUGAGUAUGCUGGGGUGCUUUCCAAUGUUAAUGCAUGUCGUGAAUUCUUCAGUUGGACGGCAUCAGUUAUAACGGCCACUCGUUCUUUACGGAACACCUCAGAGUUGCCAGAUGAAGACAAGACUGAAGAGCAAAUUGAGCGGCUGAAGGAUGAUCUUUGGAAGCUGGAGACAACAAUGCCCAAGAUGCUUGACCUCAUUGAUCGGGUCGAGUACCAAAGCCAUAAGAAACAAGCGGCUGAUCUCCUCCCGCAUAUCAAGAAUGCAGUCUUCGAAGCGGAGGACCUGCUUGAUGAGCUUGAUUACGACGCACUCAAGUGGAAACUUGAGUGCAGCAAGAAUUUGGGGCCAGAUCAAUUACAUGAUACCUGUCUGGGAUUCUACGACAGUGUCAGAUCCAAUGGUUACAUCAGAAAAGUCAACAGAGUUCAGAAAAACCUAGAUCAUGUCGAUAAGCAGUCCAUGGAAAUGGGCUUGCACCAAGCACAACUGAAGUUUGAUAAAUCAGUUAGGCCAGAAACAAAUUCCAGCUUUAAUGAGGGAAAAAUGUUUGGUCGCAAAAAAGAAUUGAAGAAGUUGGUUGAAACACUAGGAGUUCGUGCCCCAAAGAGGGAAAGGACUGAAAGCAAAGCAAGAAUGACAGAGUUGCCUGUUUUGUCAAUUAUUGGGAUGGGAGGUGUUGGAAAGACAACAAUGGCCCAACACAUAUGCAAGGAUACAAAUGUAAAGACAGAUUUUGGCCCCAAAAAUAUAAUUUGGACAUGUGUUUCAGAUGACUUUGACAUUAAAAGGUUAAUGAAAGAGAUUAUAGAGCACCUUGGAGGUGAUGCGUCAUCUAAUAAUCUGAAUGUUCUUAAGAGAAAACUAAAAGGCUGUGUCAAGUCCAAAAAGUUUUUACUUGUCCUUGAUGACAUGUGGGAUGAUGUCUUGAAGGAUCAUGGGGUGGGAUGGAACAGUUUUUGUGCAUCUUUGAAAUAUGGUGCUGAAGGAAGUAGGAUUUUGGUCACCACUAGAUCUCCCGAGGUUGCUAAGCUAGUUAGCCUUAUGAAUAUUUAUGAGUUAAAGGGCUUACAAGCUGGGGUAUUCUGGGAUCUAUUCAAAUCUUGUGCAUUUGGAUCCACAAAUGCUUGCAACAACCGGGAGUCACUGGAGUGCAUUGGUGAAAAAAUUGUUCCAAAGCUGAAGGGCUCCCCAUUGGCUGCCAAGACUAUUGGACGCUUGCUGAGAAUGGAUCUAAGUACAACACAUUGGAAAAUAUAAUGGAGAGUGAACUCUGGCAACUUGAACAAACGGAGACUGAUAUUCUGCCAGCCCUUCGACUGAGCUAUAUGUACCUACCACAGAAAUUGAAGAGAUGCUUCUCAAUUUGUGCAAUGUUUCCCAAGGAUCACAAAUUUGUGAAGGAUUUUCUAGCUGAUAUUUGGAUUGCACAAGGAUAUGCGUCGGGGCCCAAAGAAGCAUCACUGUGCUUUGAAGCCCUUGCAAAUCGUUCAUUCUUUCAGAAAGCAUCGCCGCACAGUGUUAAGUAUGUCAUUCAUGAUCUGAUGCAUGAUACGGCACAACUAGUCUCAAAGGAUAAGUGCUUCAUUAUAAAGUAUGCUAGUGACCUUGAUAAAGUUCCUUCAAAAGUCCGUCAUCUGUCAAUAUUCACAAACGGAGAUGUUAAGUGUUCUGAAUUGAUGAACAUAUGUAGCAAGAAAAAUUUGAGGUCUCUAGUGUGUGAUGAAUCAUAUAGCAAAUCAAAAGAUUUUGAGCCUGUGGUAAACUAUUGGUUCAAGGAACUAUUGAAAAUCCGUGUAUUGAGUUUUAAACUUUCCAAAGGAGGACAGCUACCUGAGAGCAUGGGCAACUCAAAGCAUCUGCGUUACCUAGGUUUACAUGGAACUUCUACUUUCAGCACACUCCCUUCAUCAGUUUGCCAUCUGCAUCAUCUCAAAGUUAUAGACUGUCGCAGCUGUGUGAUUGAAAGGUUUC